AUGAUGAAGCUUAUCGUUUGGGCUCAAGAUCGAUGGAGCUCCCCUUAUAACAAGUCUCUUAGAUAUCUACCCUUUGGACUAUGCUUGAAGAUCGGACCCAGAGUCAUGGCGAAUGAAGCCAACGCUCUCCGUCUGGUUGAACGACACACACAGGUCCCUGCGCCACAGCUAAUUGGUUUUGCCAAAGAUGGGCUAGGAGACGGAUAUCUUCUCAUGUCAAGGAUCCCGGGCGUUCCUGUGGAUGCUGUUUAUUAUCGAAUGACAUACGAAGAACGUGCCCAGCUUACAAAGGAUUUAAAGGACCAUAUCCUACAGUACCGUCAGAUCAGAAACACCUCCCCUUACCUUAUUUGCAAUACCCUGGGGGGACCUACGUAUGACCACCGGACAGACACAGGCGAUGUAUGGGGCCCUUACCGAACAAAGGAUGAAUUUACCAAUAUGCUCACUGAAGGCCUUGAAGACCUUAGGGAUCAACCUCCCCUCUCAGCUCUGUACAAGAAACACCAUCGGAUUUUCUUUACUCAUUCAGACUUGCAUUACUCGAACCUGUUUAUUCACAAGGGACGCCUGUGCGGUAUUGUGGACUGGGAGUGUGCAUCUUUCAAGCCGGAAUACUGGGAGUUUACUCGGGCAGUGUGGUCGUUUAUGGCCGACAGGCAGAGGGAACAGAAUUACCGCCUGGCCUUUGUUGAAAACUACGAGGAAGAGCUAGAGGCUGAGCGGCUAAUUUGGAGUAAAAAUCCAGUUUACUGA